UAUGUUGCAGACACUUUUAGAAUGAAUGAACAACUUCUAAAAUCGGCUCAACAAGGCGAUCUACAUACUCUGAAGCAGGUUUUAGGGAAUGGAAAUGAUGUGGCAGAUCUUCUUACAUGUUUUCACGAUAAAUCCGGUGACACUGUCGCACAUUUAGCGGCAAGGCAUGGACACGUUGAAGUGCUGCGGUUCCUGGGUGAGCACGGCGCUUGUUUUGAAACAGGUAAUCUGGACGGCAAACGAGCAAUUCACGAAGCAGCGUUAUACGGACAGACGGAUUGCUUAAAAUAUUUGCUCUCCCAGAAUGUCACUGUUGACUCCCUAAAAAGGGCUGACUGGACUCCAUUGAUGUUAGCAUGUACCAAAGCAAACUUAGAGGUUGUUCAAGAACUUAUACAAAAUGGUGCAAAUCAAAAACUGAGAAAUAAAGAUGGCUGGAAUUGUUUUCACAUCGCAGCAAGAGAGGGACAUGUUGACAUUCUCAACUAUCUGCUAAACUGUGAUGAGAACACUUGGAAUACAAUCAGUAAGAAUGGCCGAACUCCUCUGCACACUGCUGGUAUGAACACGUAUGUUGACCAUAUGUUUAGUUUUACCAUAGACUAUGUCAAAGGUGCAGCACAUUACAGCCGUUCUGAAAAUUAUUCGGACACACUCCAUGGCAACACAGAGGCUGCAAAGAUAAUGAUCCACAGAUGCCAUUAUCAGGUUGACAUGGUGGAUAGUUGUGGUAGCACUCCAUUAAUGGAUUCACUGAGAGUGGGUUAUGUGGACAUAGCUGAUUUACUCAUUAUGUUACACAAGGCUGAUGUUCAUAAAGGUGAUAUUUUGGGUCGUCAGGCAAUCCAUCUGGCAUCCCAGUCUGGUUGUGUUACAUCCCUCAAUUUCCUCAUCAACAAUUGUAAUGUGUCUGUGAAUAUACAAACUAUAAUUGGUUGCCUUUCACCCUUACAUCUGGCAGCAAAGGAAGGUCAUGUGGGAGCAAUUGAUUGUUUGAUAUGUCAUAAUGCAGAUGUCAAUAUCACUGACAGUAAAGGAAGAACAGCUUUACACAUGGCUGUUGGGGGUCAGCACUUUGACUGUGUUGAAGAACUAUUGAAGAAUGGAGCCAUAGACAUUACAGACAUCAACGGCACUAAACCAAGUGAACUGACUAACAAACUAGAAAUUUGUCAGUUGUUUAAAAAAUAUACAAACUGA